AAAAAUAAACUCCUCCCCAGAGCUGGAGCUCCCGUCGUACUUCCUCAAAAGCAAACGGAUAAAAAGUCACACACUGACCUACUUUGACAGCAGCAGAAGACGGAGUUAGACCCCAGGACACCUCAGCAGACUCUUUGACUUUUGGACUUCAGGAUGUUGCAGUUUGUCUGCGUGUUGCUGCUGGCAGCUUCAGCUCUGGGACACUUCGAUGAAGCUUCUCUGGACGCCCAGUGGGAGGAGUGGAAGAUCACACACAGGAGGGAAUACAACGGCCUGGAUGAAGAAGGGAUCCGCAGGGCCAUCUGGCAGAAGAACAUGCUGAUGAUCGAGGCCCACAACCAAGAGGCUGCACUGGGCAUGCACUCCUACGAGAUGGCGAUGAACCACCUGGGCGACAUGACAUCGGAGGAAGUGUCCCUGAAGAUGACCGGCCUGCAGGUCCCGUUGACCCGUGAGCCCGCCUUCACCAUGGAUCUGGACGGCAAAGUGAACAAGCUUCCCAAAUUUCUUGACUACCGCAAGAAGGGCAUGGUGACUCCAGUGAAGAACCAGGGUUCUUGUGGUUCCUGUUGGGCCUUCAGCUCGGCCGGGGCUCUCGAGGGCCAGUUAGCCAAGAAGACAGGUCAGCUGCUGGACCUCAGUCCCCAGAACCUGGUGGACUGCGUCACCGAGAACGACGGCUGCGGAGGAGGAUACAUGACCAACGCCUUCAAGUACGUGCAGGAAAACGGAGGCAUCGACUCCGAGGAGGCCUACCCGUACAUCGGACAGGAUCAGCCGUGCCGCUACAAUUCCUCAGGCAUGGCAGCCCAGUGCAAACGCUUCGAGGAGGUCCCGGUGGGCGAUGAGCACGCUCUGGCCAUUGCGCUGUACAAAGUGGGUCCGGUAUCCGUGGGCAUCGACGCCACACUGAGCAGCUUCCAGUUCUACAGCAAAGGUGUUUACUACGACAGCAACUGCAACAAAGACGACAUCAAUCACGCCGUGCUGGCAGUUGGAUUUGGAGUGAGCGUCAAGGGCAAGAAGUACUGGAUCGUCAAGAACAGCUGGAGCGAGAGCUGGGGCAAACAAGGCUACAUCCUGAUGGCACGCAACCGUGACAACCUCUGCGGCAUCGCCAACCUGGCCAGCUACCCCAUCAUGUGAGGAGACGAGCGCGUGGAGCUCAGAGGAACAUGAGGGAGGACCAAGGGGGCUUUGCUUAAACUACUACACACAAAGAAACGUUCAUUCCAACAAUCACUACAAAACACAACAGAUCUGACUUUGUUUAUGGGGGUGUAUAUUUUUGAAUUUGAACUUUUUGGAGUGACAAAAAGGGCUAAAUGUUGUGGAGUCUUAAAAAAUGUCUGAGGGCGUUUGGUUGUCUUGAAGUAUCUGAAGCACUUUGCAGUCUUUUUUUGUUUUUGCCUCCACAGUGUGGUCUGCUCCAUUAAGAAACACAAUCCAGGGCGUGGUGCCGGUCGGUUUGGUGACAAGAGUGUCGCGUUAAAUACAAACCCACAAGGCACAACCAACAUUUCGCAGUGUUUUGCAGGUAGUGGGUGAUAGUUUUAGUCCCUAGCUUUCUUUUUUUUUAAAUACAGUUUGUGUGAAAUGUUUAAAUUCAGUGUGACGGGAAACAUUGCUGGGCAAUGGGAGCUCUUCCUUUCCUGUCGGUGCAGAGUCAGUUUAAAAAAACAAAAUCGUAAUCAGCGUUUCUCUCGAUCGUCGUUGACUCAUGUCGUCGUCGUCGUUGUUGUUGUUGUUGUUCUGUUCAGCACUUUUCUGAUGAUCAAACUGUAAACUCAUGUUUUCUAUGAAAUUGAAUAAAGAUUUGAU